GCGGGGCAGGCGGCGUUGGGCCGGGUAAACCGUCCCCGUGGUGGGCCUUACCCUGCUCAGCGUCCCCUUGCGCUGGGCAAGGCCCAAGGGGCAGCGUGGGGCUCGUCGGGCGUGUUCGGGAGGCCCCAGACACGGGAGAAAGCCGAGCGCUGCCCGGCGCCGGGAUGUGCCCUGCCGGCGGUAGGAGGGCCGCCCCCCGGGCUCCCAACGCCUGCCGCCUGCUGGACCGCAGGGCCCACGGCUUCUACGCCAGGGAUGCGGGUGUCGCCCUCAGGAAGAACAUGGGGCUGCUCAGGAGCCUGAUCUGCCAGGAAAAUACUACAUUCAAGAAUGUUUGGACGACUCAUUCUGCAUCUCCUAUUGCUUACGAAAGAGGAAGAAUUUACUUAGACAACUACCAGUGCUGUAUUAGCAGCAUUGCCCAAGAGCCAAGAAUACUUUAUCAAAAGCCGAAGUGUUCUAAGUCAGAAAAAAUAGAAGAUGCUUUAUUAUUGGAAUGCCCACUGGGGGAAAUGCUUCCAAAUCCAUUAGACUAUAAAUCUUCCCUUAUAGUCUUGACAGCACAGAACUGGCUUCUGCGUCUCUCUGCUGACAGUGGGGAAAUACUGGAAAAAAUAUACCUUGCGGGCUCUGGCUGCAAAUUCAGGUACCUCAGCUGGGAUACUCCUCAAGAGGUAAUGGUUAUAAAGUCAGCUCAGAAUAAGCUGCCUGCAGCAUCACGGCAGGCAGGCAUCCAACAGUCUGUACUAUUCCAUCUUGCUGUAUUCCAAGUAAUACCUCUUUCAUUUAUUGGAAUGCUAGAAAUAAGCAAAAAGAUAUUUGGUAAUAGUGUUACAGAUGUUGAUGUUUCUAAUGGAAUCCUGAUUAUAAUGUACAGCAUGGGUCUGGUCAGGCUCUAUAGCUUCCAGGCCAUCACUGAACAGUUCAUGGAACAGCCGUUUGAUUUGGGAUGUGAAUUCAGCUGGAAUGGUCAAGUGGGAGUUGUAGGAAAGUAUCCAUUUGGUCUUCCGUGUAACAUUAAAAUAACAGAUACCCCACCUUUGCUAUUUGAAGCAUCUUCUCUGGAGAAUGCAUUUCAAAUUGGAGGUUACCCUUGGCAUUAUAUCAUCACACCUAACAAGAAAAAACACAAAGGAGUCUUCUAUAUUUGUUCUCUGAAAGACAAUGCUUUGGCAAAAAAUGGCAUACAGGAUAUGAAAUGCUGUUCACUUGAACCUGAUUGGAUAUAUUUCCAUCCAGAUAUGUCAGGCAGAAUAAUCCAUGUGGGACCAAAUUUGAUAAAAGUCUUGAAGCUUAAGGAAGUUGAAAGUAAUACAGACCAAACAGAAAUUUCAGAAGACUUUAUAAUUGUGGCCAACAGAGAAGAAAACUGUGUGAACAGCUCUGUUACUGUAACAGCUUCUGGUCGAGUGGUGAAAAAGCGUUAUAACUUGCUGGAUGAUGACCCAGAACAAGAGACAUUCAAAAUUGUGGACUAUGAAGAUGAAUUGGAUUUGUUAUCCACUGUGGCAGUUACUCAAAUAGGAGCUGAUGGAAGAGCUCACCUUGACUUACACUGUAAUGAGCAGGGGAUUCUACUUAAGAGUAUUCCAUUACUGGAAUCCUGGGAUGUGACUUACAGUCACGAAGUUUACUUUGAUAGAGACAUUGUGUUACACAUAGAACAGAAGCCUAACAGGAGGUUCAGCUGUUACGUUUACCAAAUGGUCUGUGAUACUGCAAAAGAAGAUGAAUGCUCACGCCAUGAAAAACCAGAAAGAGUGUUUUGUAAAAAAGGAGGGAGAAUUUUUGAAUAUAUUUAAGACAUAAAUACAGCAACUUCAAUUUGGAUGUUGUUUAAGGACUUCAUACAUAUGAAUUAGUCAGCUACUCUUUUUCCUUCAGUGUUUAAUUUUAACAUUUUGUACUUUUUAUUUUGUUUUAUUUUUUAUUUCUUUUUUUCUCUCUGACAUUGUCCACUUGUUUGUAGUCCCUAGUGGCUUUUCAUGUGUUUACGAGUUCAUCAUUAAUGCUGGCUAUAGCAUUUCUUGCUUCUCUUCGGCAACUGCAUUGAAAUACUGGAUGUCAAGGAGAAAGAUGUAGACUUAUUGAUCGUCUACCAUCUGCUGUGUUCUGUCUUACGUAGUUUUACCUAUGCAACUUUAAUAUAGAAUGUUAAUUAAACAAAGUAUGUAAAACUGGAGAGGAUAAAUUUUAUAUGUAGUAUGAAAAUGGCAGUCACCAUUAAAACACUUAAACAAAA